CUCGUCCACCACUAGUUGUUGUUAUUGCGGCAACACGUGCGCGGUUGAAAUAAAAGGUGGAUUUAUUUAAGAAUGCAUAACGGCGAAGGAAACAGAGGGUUCCAUUCAAACCAGUACUAUGGAGAUGGUGGCCAGCAAAAUCGCAGCGGAGACGGAUUAAAUAAUUCAAAUGUUGGUCAUUGGCAAGGCCAUGGGCAUGGGCAAAGACAUGACAACAACAGCAAUCAGAGUCACGGCUACGAUGGACAGGAAUCAUUUCAAAAAUUUAGAGAUCCUCAGCGCCAUCCGAAACAAAAUAAAGGACAAGGACAAAGAAGAUCCGGCGGUGGGGGUGGUAAAGGUCGUGGCGGAGGUGGUGGAGGUGGUGGUUCUCGUGGCGGUGGAGGUGGCGGUAGAAGACGGCGCCGCAACAGUGGGGGAUUCACCGGAUCUCGCAGAGAAAGAAGAGGUGUUCAUGGCAAUUCUGGACCACCUGGCACUCUAUUUUUCUAUGACACUAUGGGUAAUGGCAAUAUACCUAAUGAUGCUACCGAAAUAUCGCCAUCCCCAUUAAAUGUCAUUCAACCCACCCCAAAUACUAUCCUAUCAGUUCCAAACACUCUGAUUGAGCCUCAAAUUAAUUUGGCACCAUCUAAUCAAGAAGUUCCCAUGAAUGAUCCAGCUGAAACAAAGCCAACUCCACCUGCUAUCCAUAUUAAGCAAGAAAAAAAAGACACAUCGGCUACAAAAGCGAUAGAGAAAAAAGAAAGCAGUGAGGAAAGCUCCUCAAGCGAUUCGGACGAUAGUUUCGAGGCAGGCGAAGUUGUGAAGGCAGCCGCUACUUCGAAAGCAGUAGUCAAAGCACCAGCUCAGAGCACCUCAUCUUCAUCAUCAUCAUCAUCUGAUUCCUCUGAAUCAGAAGCUGAAGAAAAAGAGGUCAAUUCAACCAAAACCAAAUCUUCGACUAAAGAUCAGGUUUUAAACAAAUCUGUAGCAAAGAAAUUAAAGAAGAUUCCAUCGGAAGAUGACGUGGUUUGCAUGGGCCAAGAGAAGCGUCACUUUACAAUACCUGAUGAUGAUGAGGACGAAAACGAAACUGAUGGAAGUAAAAAGAUAAUUGGAAAAAGAAAAAAUAAAGAUAAAUCCAUUGAUGUUUGCAACAUCUGCGACAAAAAGGGUCACAACUCGUUCCAAUGCCAAAUGAUAUGCCGCAAUUGCUCAGCCCCCUAUCACAACUUCAAGCACUGUCCAAGCCCGGUCAAUCUUAGUACUGCUCUCCAAUUAUUUAUGGAGUUUAAUAUGCAUCAAUUUACCACAUUCAAUUUGGAACAACGUUUUACUUUUGCGGGCUCAACACCUGCAACUGCACCGUUAUCAUCAACGCCAUUAAAGUCCAAGAAGGAUAAGAAAUCAUCAUCAAAGAAGACGAAGAAACUGCCCAAAAAGAAAAUGAAGAUAGAGCAAAAGGAUGAUGAUGAUGAUGAUGAGGACGAAUCAGAUAACGAUGAUGAUGCCGCAGCUGCUAAUACAGAUGACAGUGAUGAAGACUCUAGUGAGUCCAGUGAUGAACCACAACCUCCUCCAGCAAUUAAACAGAAGCGCAAACGCAGCUCAAAACAGAAACAACAAAUCGCACCUCCAGGAAAUUUACCACCGCCACAAGCCUUUCCGUUUCCUCUUUUAGCCCCUGGGGCACCUUACAACUCCAUGAUGUAUCCAUAUGGAGCGGCAUUUAGUUAUCCCAAAUAGGAUUUACAUAGUUAUAAAAUCAAAUUGCAAACAGUUUAAGAAAAAUUGAAAUCAAACUAAAAAGUAUAAUUAAAGAUUCAAAAAACCUAAUUCUGGAAAAUGUUUUAAAUACCCUCGAGAAUCUUAGAACAUAAACUAAACUACUAAACAUUUUCAAAAGUUCAACCAAUUAUUUGUAAAUUUCUUAUUUUAGGUUGUAGCACUUGAGAUAAAAGAGUAUAUGUACAAUUGUUGAUACCAACCCCUAUGUAUUUCAUAAGUGAUAUAUUGAGUUGUAAGAUUUGCACUAAUUUUAAAUUUCCCGCUGAAGAUUAUUCUUAAUAGUUUUCGAUGCGAUAUCAUUAUUUUCUCGCAUCUCUAACUUCAAUAGCCUUGGCAACUCUAAUAACCAGCUGUUGCGUGCCAAGCAUGCUUUUUCGUAUAUUUGUUUGAUGUUUACAAAAUGAAAUUCUAACUAGUAACAGUGAAUAUAAAUAUACUAAGGACAAGGAAUUUUUAUUGAUUUACUUAAACAGAG